UUGUUUUCAGCUGAUCRCAAAUCAACAUACGCUGAGACUCCAGACGAAGUGAACAUCAACAAGAAUAUAUCUAUGGGCAAACAGUAUUCUUUUGUAAACGCGAUAUAGAGGAGAAUUUCAAGCCUCAGUUACUUCAUGAGAAGUUWUGUUCAAGCUGGAAAAAGACUUUUCUGUAACGGGUCACUUUGGAAGCUCCAAACACAACUCAAGCGAUAAAACAGCGAUGGAUUCUAAUAGAAACCACGAAAACGACACACGACGCCGAAGAGAAAAAAGAGUUAAUCGUAAAGUUAGCAACUCACUUCUUGCUCAUGAAGUGUGUGAAUCCGUCCGCGAGCCCUUCAUAAUAUCAGGGUAUAGAGAUACAGAUGGYAUCACCGUUAAACAAUGUCUUGCUACACUCUUCUCACUCCAUAACGAGACUGUUAAUAUAUGGAGUCAUUUACUUGCAUCUAUCGCAUUUCUGUUGUAUUUCUGGAGUAUAUUUGCUGCCCAGGAUAUCAUCGCUCGUUGUGGGUUUGGAGACCCCUCUUGUCCUUCAUCUAUUGUCUAUCUUUUCAAUCGCCAUUUUCUUUGCUAUGCAAUAUCAGGGCUUACAAACGCCUUCAGAAUCCCCGAGCGCUUGUACCCAGGCCUAUUUGAUUACUUCGGCCAUAGCCACCACUUUCUCCACUUUUUGACGAUUGUUGGUAACUACGACGCCUUCACAGUUGCUCAGACUGAAAUGGUUGAGAGAGCCAAUGAUUUGUCAGCAUCUCCCUAUCAGCCAACUUUCUUUUCGACKUUUGGUCUGUUGAUUAUAUUGAUAUGCGUAAAUACUUACAUUGGAGUGUGGUUCGUUAGUACAUGGCUGAAAAUUGAAGAAGAAGACUUGAUGAUGAGAUCAAAAUACAUGGUUAUUUAUAAAAAAGAGAGCAACUACGAGAACAGYCAGAAUAAUUCUGCUGGGAAGAAAGAGAAUUAGAAAGAGGAUACUGGCGYCAGACAUGUUGACUCAGUGUCAAGUGUCGGUGAGGUUGACGAAUCGAAGUUUAAUGAUUACUGAAGGACAGGCAAAUCUACCUUGAAAAACGUAAACCGCUGGCCAGUUGUUUUCGUCGAAGAAAAAAAAAGGAAUUAUAAAGAAUUACUGAUGAGUGAAUAAAUAAAUAACACAAAAAUGUGGAUAAUGCACGGCAGUAACACAAUUGGCACGACCAAGAGACUAAGAAUUAUUAGUUGACAUAUUUUGACAAGGGGAUUUGACAAAUAAUCAAGCCCCAAAAACAUUUCUAGGAUUGAAUGACAUCGAUAGAUACACGUAAGGUUCCAGAUCCCAAGGGACAAGGAAAGGCACUUUGCACUGYAGCUAGUUUUGCACAAACAAUAUAUAGAACACUCAUCGAUAUUUCAAAGUAAUUUUCAUAAAACUAUAUUUAAUAGGAUGUUAAAUUCUGGAACAUAAAUUAAAUAGGAGUUUUCUUAAUGUAUUUUCAUAAAUUAAAGCGUGAGCAUAAUUUCGUAAAUAAUAAAAUUYA